AUGUGGAAGGCGAAGCUGGAGCACAACGUGAUCAUCUCUACCUACAACGCUAGGAUCAGCGCGUGCGAAAAAAGCGGGCGUUGGCAGCAGGCUCUGGUGCUGAUCAGCGAGAUGUGGGAGGCGAAGAUGGAUCCCGACGUUGUCAGCUACAGCGCUGGGAUCAGCGCGUGCGAGAAAGGCGGGAAAUGGCAGUGGGCGUUGGCAUUGCUCGGUGGGAUGUGGCUGGUGCAGCUAGAGCCCGACGUUCAGCUACAACGCCGGAAUCAGCGCGUGCGAGAAAGAUUGGCAGUGGCAGCAGGCCUUGUCGCUGCUCAGGGAGAUGUGGAAGGCGAAGAUGGAGCCCAACACCAUCCCUACAACGCUGGGAUCAGCGCGUGCGAGAAAUGCGAGCAGUGGGAGCACGCUAUUGCGUUGCUGAGAGAGAUGCUUGAGGUGAAGGCGGAUCCCGACGUCGUCAGCUACAGCGCUGGGAUCAGCGCGUGCGAGAAAUCCGAGCAUUGGAAGCUGGCGUUGGCUCUGCUCAGCGAGAUGGGAGGUGCGAGAGUGGAGGCCAACGUCAUCAGCUACAGCGCUGGGAUCAGCGCGUGCGAGAAGGGUGCGCAGUGGCAACGGGCUUUGGGGCUGCUCAGGAACAUGUGGGAGGUGAAACUUGAGGCCAACUCAGCUACAACGCUGGGAUCAGCGCGUGCGAGAAAGGAAAGCAGUGGCAACAGGCUCUGUUGA